AUGGAAGAUUACUACUACAAAUACAAUAUUCUCACGGAUGACUUUGACCCUGACGCCGUUUUCCCCGAAAUUCUCACCCUCAAGGAUCAACUCUCGAACAUCAUAUUUGAAGAUUACAUCCUGGAAUGCCUUACUGCGAUGAUCUAUGGCUCCAACAUGAUCGAGGAUGCAGGAUGCAGUCUUGAUGUCACAUCUGAAUUCUGCAAGUCAAUAUUUUCCGGUCAAGAUAGCUCCAAAUAUGAAAAUCACGGUGGAUUAUGCUCGGAGAUCGAAGAUUAUCUCUCACAAAACAAUCGCCCAAAGGAACUCGCCGAUAUCCAGCGUUGUCGUCGUGAGACUGUGCAACAUGCGAAUGCUGCAUCAUACAUCAUUAGCAAACUUUACCUCGAGGACCAAGAUCUCAGCGAAGAGAUCAUUCUGAAAACACACGGAGUUCUCACCUGCGGUGUUGAUGCAGAUAGUACACCUUGGACACAAUACAGUGGUGUCUAUCGUACCGAUGAAGUCCGCGCUGGGCUCCACUCGUUCCCUCAUCAUAUUCUUGUGCCCAGCAAAAUGAAGGCAAUGAUUCGCGACCUGAAACCAGACCUCAAAACAGCGACUAAAAUGGGAGCUAUUGACCAGAUCGCCAUUGCCGCCAAGUACGCUCAUAUUUUUGUCAACAUCCACCCUUUUCUCGAUGGUAAUGGACGUAUGUGCCGUUUGAUACUGAACGCUCUCUUGCUCAAGCUCGGAAGCUUCCUGGUGUGUAUUGGUGAGACCGAAGAUGAUCGCGCCAUUUAUCUGGAAAUCGCAGCUAAAGGAGGUUCACUUGAGUCUUUCUAUGAAAGUCAUGAUGAUGAGGAUAAGCCGGUGAUUUGUGGAGAGCUGGGAAGUUUUGUGAUGUCACAUGUUAAGAAGAGUAUGCAGGCACUAGUGACUGCUACUGAUUUUUGA